AUGGUUUUUUUAAUGUUUACAAUUAUGAUCAAAGUUUUUUUGUUUAUAUUGGUCUUGGCAAGCCUAGGCCUAGUUUCCAAUGUUUUAUCCUCAGAAUGCUCAGCACGAUGUGUACAAGUAGGAUCAACAUGCACACCAGAAUUUUAUUACAUGCAUGGAUUUCCUGUACUAUGUGCCGACUCUUUCUGUUCUGUAACAGGGAAUGAAACAUCUGAUUGGAAUGCGACGUGUACUCCCUACUCAACAGAGGGAGGAACAUGUUCUAAAGAAAAUGAUGAUAUUCGUGGCGGUUGCCAACCAGGUCUUGAAUGUAUCUAUGGGUCCCGUUGUUAUCAAGAGGGGUAUGUUCAAUAUGGUGAUUAUUGUAAAAAUGUAUACGAAUGUUCUGGGAUGUUGGAUUGUAGUAUCAAAAACACAUGUGAUUAUCCAGACAGCUCUAUGUAUGGGUCAUCUAUUUAUGAAUGUGACUCGAAAUCAAGUUGCCCAUAUGGUUCAUACUGUAACUUUACACAAACCAUCAAUUCAACCGAUCAAAGCAACAUCACGACUAUGAUAUGCUCUCCAGAGUUUUCUAUUGGUGAUGAAUGUAAUCUUUCUAUCAAUGAAGAGGACGCAUGCCCAUAUGGAUCAUUGUGCAACAAAGUCAAUGCAACAAGCAGUGUCCAUAGAUGUACCCGUCUUUUUUCCCUUGGUCUAGGUGAACCUUGUUUGUACCAUGAUGACUUUGGCCUAGCAUCAACGUGUAAUGCUUCACAAGGUCUCUACUGUAAAAGGAAUGGUGUAUGUGACCACAUUUCAACCAAUACUUCCACCAUCUGCACCGAUGACGACGAUUGCAACAUUUACGAGGUUUGUGAUUGCUCCAAGGGUAACAAUGGUACAUGCGUAACAAAUUAUAAUGUCAACAGUCAAUGUGCCACUGCCACCAUGUCCUUUUACGACUGUUUGGCUGACAACCGUUGCACUCUAGUUGAUAACUAUCUCAACCUAAACUCUUGUGUUGCCAGCAAGUGUGGUGUCGAGUACUGUAACCUUUCCAUUUCUUGUUAUAAUACUGAUAAUGAUUUCAAAUGUCCAUCUCCUCAUCCGAUCAACACUAUUAAUUGUCGACCACGUCCCAUUUCCUCUUCUUCUCUGGACUCCUCUGAACCAUCAUUAUCACCCUCUUUAUCAUCACCAUUCGUAUUGGGUUUACUGUUAUCUAUUGCCAUUUCAACUUUCGUAUAUGUACUCUUCAUUAAUUAA